GCAAAACGCCUUCGCUUGCCGCCGGAAGAGAAUGCGCGGCCUCCACGCCGUGCUCGCGCUCGUCACCCUGGAUGUGGCAGCCUCUGCAUGCUUUACGCGGGAUUACGCGGAACAGACGUGGGCGGAUAAAUCCAACACCACCUACACCUGCACAGGUAAAGCACCUGACGAGUGCUGCUCGCAAAUCGUUGAAGGUGGGGGGUCCACGCGCGAUCUUUUCAUCACAACCGAAGAGGUGCCGUGCACCAGUGACGAAGAUUGUAGCGACAAGGGGCAGUCGUGCUGCUCCUGGGACGGCGAGCAAGGCUUACACACAGCCGGCUUUUGCGGCGAGAUGUGCACAAGUUCAUUCAUCCCGGUCACGGACUGCCCCGAGGGUUGCGAGCCCGACCCUCUCCCGGUCGUGGGUGGCCGCCGCUCGAUCCUCUUUGCGUCGCAACCGGUGUCCUGCCCCGCGGGCUGCGUGCCGACCACCGGACCUUAGGGGCUGAUUGGACUCUGAAGGAGGGAAGCUUCCGGCUUGCUUGUCCGAACCUAGAACAUGGCUCAGCGGCGCUCGACAGAGAUGCCCCCCUCGCCGGGGCGGGGUUUGACGCGCGCGCGCGCGCGCGCAUCAACCACUAGCGCACACGCGCGCGCGCAUCAACCAUACGUAGACUAGCACUUGCUCUCUCUCUCCUCUGAGUGGGGUGUGGUUUAAGUGGUGUGACGUUGCGCUUGGUGCGUCAGUCUGUCUCUGUCUCUGUCUCUGUCUCUCUGUCUCUGUCUCUGUCUCUGUCUCUGUCUGUCUCAAACCACCGAGGGGUACGAUUCCACAUAAUUCAUCCGACGG